CACAGCAUAACUGCACCGGGUGGAACACAAGAAGGAUGAAGAUAGUUGCUCGUGCUUUCCGCGGGGAAUUCUCCGGAAGGCCGGUUAAAACACUGUGACUUCAGGCUUACAAGUGCCAGUACCUUCCCAAUGGUCCGAAUCCCAGGUCACUGAUUCCAGCUUGAACAACAUGCAAGAAGUCCUGGAUUUCUUCUGAACGGGAGAUUUACUUGGAAAGGGAAGACGAAAAAUGGCAUCUAUGCUGACCGACGUCAUCAGGGAGGUCACUGGCACCACGGACCCCAGGGUCGCCACCUGGCCCCUGAUGGGAACCCCAGUGCAUAUGGCUUGUCUACUGAUCGCCUACGUCUAUUUCUGCAAGAUAUUCGGACCUCGUUUCUUCAAAGAGCGUGACCCUCUGGCCAUCACUUGGCUCGUCCGGCUACACAACGUCAGCUUGAUCACCUUCAAUAUCCUCAUCGUGUACUCGUACAGCACCUUAGCUCUUUUCACUGGUAACUUCAACUGGCUCUGCCUGACGUCAAUCUACUCACAGGUCUCCAUUCUGAAUCUCUGCUGGUGGUAUCUUGUCGUCAAGAUACUGGACCUCCUGGACACCGUCUUUUUCGUGGUGACAAAGAAGCAAGACCAUGUGACCACCUUGCACGUCUUUCAUCACGUUAGCGUUGUCAUUACAGUAUGGCUGGAUAUUAAGUAUGGCGUCCUGGGACAGAACAUAGCGAGCAUUGUGCUCAAUUCUUUAGUACAUGUGAUCAUGUACUCGUACUAUUUCCUAACAACAUUGGGACCAAAGGUGCGUCGGUUCCUGUGGUGGAAGAAAUACCUGACGGCGCUUCAGAUCGUGCAGCUGGUUACCAUAUCGGUUCAUCAAAGCCUGCCUUUGUUCAUGGACUGUGGCUUGCGGCCGAAAUGGCUGACGAUAUUAGCAGAGGGCGAGUUGGUCAUCGUAACUCUCAUGUUCUUCCAGUUCUACUGCAGAACCUAUAAUAGCAAACGACAACAGCUAGAACCUAUGGCAGACGAUCACAAGAAGACGGGAUGAUUUUUUUCUUGUUUCCCUCUUAUUUGUAGUCUUAGUGUAAGCCCAAUCGCCCUUUACUUGCGGAUGUUCUGUUUUGAAGGGCAUCAGACCACGUUGUUCGUAAGGACACUACAGCCUUGUUAUCCGCAAGAGAGUUGAUAAAACGUGCUGAUGAACACAAAGCUCUUGUGUGGGUGUUUCUGGAGCAGCAUUCAUUCUUUCUACAGGGAGCGAAACACAACAAGAGUACAUGUCAUGUGACUGGAGUACCGC